CCACCCAGACCAGGAAGAGAGAUCCUCCAGCCAUGGCCGGGGGUCGCAAGGUGGAGCUGGCGGAGGCCCUGGCCUUGGGGUCUGGCUGGAGGCAUGCGUGCCACGCACUGCUUUACGCGCCCGACCCGGGGAUGCUCUUCGGCCGCAUCCCGCUGCGGUACGCCGUGCUGAUGCAGAUGCGCUUCGACGGACGCCUGGGCUUCCCAGGCGGCUUUGUGGACGCUCAGGACAGCAGCCUGGAGGACGGGCUGAACCGAGAAUUGCGCGAGGAGCUCGGCGAAGCGGUGUCUGCCUUCCGUGUGGAGCGCACUGAUUACCGGAGCUCACACGCCGGGGCCAGACCGCGGGUGGUGGCCCACUUCUAUGCCAAACGUCUGACCCUAGAGCAGCUGGAGGCUGUGGAAGCUGGCGCACCACAAGCCAAGGACCAUGGGCUGGAGGUGGGGCCAUCCCGGGUCCCCUGCCCAAGGAAAACACCCCUGGAAGGAGGUGCUGGGCCUUGUGCGGGUGCCUCUCUAUACCCUGCGAGAUGGUGUGGGAGGCUUGCCUGCCUUCCUGGAGAAUUCCUUUAUUGGUGCUGCCCGGGAACAGCUACUGGAAGCCCUCCAAGACUUGGGCCUCCUAGAAUCUAGCUCUUUCUCAGGCCUUAAGACCCCAGCUCAUCACUAAAUGCAACCCUCUAUGGACCCAUGGAACCUGAUGGGGACCUUGGUACUAGGGAGGGAAAGGGGAAUAUUUUCUCUUCUGGGCCUGAGAGAUGGUAUACCAGAUUAAAAGGAGAUGUGUGUGCAAUAUGUUUUGAGCAGAUGGCUUUCCCAACUCAUUGCAUCAGGGGCAGAAAUCCAUAGAUCAUCCCAGUGGUCCUGGCAGAUUCUCAGGGUCUGCUUCCUCUUUGUGCACGUGCACACACAGCUUGGAAACCCCAGGCUUGCCCAUGUACAGCCUGUGACCACACACAGCCUGACCCUCUGUCCCAUGAUGUCCAGGUUAACCAGGAAGUGGCAUGUGUAUGGCCGGCCUUGGCACCCUCCCUGCCCCUUCCUGAGGAGGGGCUUUCCCCUCUCCUGCAUGGCUGCUCUCCAGGGUCUAGCCCAGCCCAUAUUCACUGGGGAGGGCAGAGGCAGAGGACCCUCUGCUCCCUGAGAUGCCCCCACCCUUACCUGAGGGGUGACCAUAGCCGUGGGCUCCUGAAAAUGGCGGAGUUCCUAAUGGAUACCUCACCCUUUCUUCCCUCAAAGAUGAGCAUAAGUGGUCACACAGUCUCAAGGUCUUCUUGAGCUGAUCAUGGAGCUGUCACUCAGUCCUGGUGUCUGGCCUCCAGGGCUUUUGUUUUUGUAUUGCCUUAGUCACUGAGGAACUCAGCAGGAAACUGACCCAGCCCCUGACCAGCCUGGCCAUACUACAAAGAGCCUCUCAGUAAGGAAGAACUAUAGCUGGGCAACUGAAGUUUUCAAUUCUUUCAACAGACACUAAUUAUGUACCUAAGACUGCCAGGUACCAUAAAGUGUAGGUAUUCAUAUCUCUUGCUCUUCAAGAUUCCAGAGCAAGGGUUGAGCAGACAGUAAAGUGCCAGAUAGUAAAUAUUUUAGGCUUUGUUGUCACAUGGUUUCAGUGGCAACUUCUUUACUCUGCCAUGUCAAAAUUACCUGUAAAAAUCAAAUCUUGUGGCAUUUGUCCAUAAACCCAGUUAAUGAGUAGACUGAGACAGGAGGAUCAUAAGUCCAAGGCCAGUCUUGGCAAGUUAGCAAGAUCCUGUCUCAAAAAAGUAGUAAUUAAAAAAAUAUUGGGGUUCUAGCUCAGUGGUAGAGCACCCCUGGGCUUAAUCCUCAGAAAAACAAACAACAAAAAUACUAAUGCAUAAAUCUAUUUGUGUUACUGUAGCCCAAUAAGAAACUAAUAAAAGAGCAGUUGUCUAGCCUCUGAUCUAUAGAUUACUAAAUGUCUGCUCUGGGAGGGAAGUAAGGUUAAUAAUUUAUUUGUGCCUGUUUACUUGUUAAGUUCACAAGCAAAUAAAUAAGCUAUGCUAUAGUCCCAUUUUGGUACUUUUAAAUUAGUUGGGCUGGUUUGCAAGGGUCCUCUUUGGUGAACAUUGCAGAUAAGAGAAGGAAGUGAUCACAUAGGUAGGAACUGUUUUGACACAGCGAGAAGCAUGUGUCAAGGCUUUGAGGGGGGAAGAGUCUUGGCACACCAUCCCAAAACUUAAUAUUUUAAGCAAUAACCAUUUCAUUAGAUUUCAUGAUUUUGUGAAUCAGAAAUGUUUAAGGGGCCCUGCUGGUAACUGCUCCACGUGACUCGGUUGCAGAUCCUUUGAACAGGCCUGAUGGUUUUGGGCUGGCAGAUAAGGUGUCUGCAGUGUCCUAGUACCUUCCAUCACGGGUCUAGCACCAUGGCAGGGAUGAAGGGAAGACUGGGCAGAGUGGGACCAACAUUCCUGUGUGUGGCCUCAGCAACAUGGUCUAGGUAGGUGAAAUCCCUACAUGAUGACUCAUGACUCCCAGAGAAGUAUCCUGGGGGCCGAGAUAGAAACCCAAAGACUCCUGAUGUGGCCUUGGAACCUGCAUAGUGUCACUUUUGUCACACUGUUGGUCAAGCAAGUCAUUUAAGGUCAGCUAACAUUCAAGUGGGGAUUAGACUCUAUUUCUUGAUGGGAGAUGAGGGAUCAGAUAGAGAAAUAGCAAAGAAUUUAUAUAAAACUUGGACUGACUAAGAUGGUCUAGGAAGAAAAGUGUCUUUAGGCAAAGGUAAACAGAAGGCUAAAGCAGCAGAAGUAGGUUGGAGCUGGGUGGCACAGGGCCUUUAGGCCAUAGUGAGGAGUCUGGUGUUUGUUUCAAGGAAGCCACUACUGCUGUUUGGAAUAUGGACUGGAAUGGGACAGAAGAGGAAGGAAGACACAGAGUGGGAUCCAGGGUAGAAGGUGGUGACCUGCACAAGGGUGGGGGCAGUGGAUAUGGAUGGAAGUGGACAUUUUGGAGAGUGGUCAAGGUGGGGUCAUUGGCAGGGCCCGCUAAUGGACUGGAUGCUGGAGGAGAGGAUUCAAGGGUGACUUUUUAGUUUGUGCUUUAAGGGAUUCAAGGUGUGUAUGAAAGGAAACCUGAUUGGAGAGGAAAAAAGAUUUGAAGGGGACAGGCCCAAGACAGAGAUUGAGAUAUGCAGCAACACGUAUUUGUGAGUCACCUACAUGAAGACAGUAUAGAAAUUCUGUCUUGAAGUCAUCCAUACAGAGAAAGGAGAAGAGGUUCAGGUCAGUUCCAGAGGAUGGGGCAAGAAUAGAGAUUAGCAUGCCUAAAAUAAAGGCAGCAUGAU